AUCUGAAAUUCCGUGAACCGGAAGUCGCUGACGAAACAGUGACGACAUCUUUCCAUUGAUUUGUACAAGUCGAUACCAGUCGAAUCGUUGCUUUAGUUUGUUUAUACCGUAGCCAACCUCCGUUAAAAUACAGGUUUAAAAAAUGCAUUUUAAAGUCCGCGCUGCAGCAAAAGAGGAUUGUAAGGACAUAUCUAGAAUGAUUAUGGAGUUGGCUGUGUAUGAGAACAUGCCAGACCAGGUGAAGACUUCUCAUGAAGACUUGGAGCGUGAUGGGUUCUCUCCAAACCCCUUCUAUGAAUGCCUGAUCGCUGAAGUGCCAGAUGAACACAAGACCAAAGAUGGGUACACCGUUGUUGGGUACGCCCUUUACUUCUACACCUACAGCACAUGGAAAGGGCGGUCAGUGUACAUGGAGGACCUCUAUGUAAUGCCUGACUUCAGAGGAAAAGGCAUCGGAACGGGACUGAUGGCCAAAGUAGCUCAGGUCGGUUUCAUGUUCCACUGUAUGGCUGAUCCCAACUGGAACUCCUCCAUCUAUCUACCAUGUUCAUUAGUAGGGGUGGAGAAGCAGUGUGUGCGGCUGCAGUUAUCUGUCCUAGAUUGGAACAAACCAUCACUAGAUUUCUACAUUGCCAAAGGUGCCGAGGACCUGACUGCCAAAGAAGGUUGGCACUUCUUACGGUUUCAUGGACAAACCCUGGACACAUUAGCUAAGGAAGCACCUAAAGAUUAGAGUAUUUUAUAGGCCUGGGUCUAGUUUGGUUCCGCCCAUAAUAUCACACAGUGGGCAGGUUCAUUUUGCGUUGGUGGGUGGGUAGGACUAAUGGAAACUCUGCUCAGCCGGAGCCCUGGGCAAUGCAAAACAAACUCUCCCAGUCAUCCUUUAUGUUUAAUGUGCAUUUAAAUAUAGUCAAACAUUAUUACAUUUUUAUAUACACAUACUGGAUACACCUACUCAUUCAAGCGGUCAUCAAGGCAAACGGUGAAUAAUUAACAUUUAUUUUGAUUUGUUUAACACUUUUGGUUACUACAUAAUGUGUUAUUUCAUAGUUUUGAUGUCUUCACUAUUAUUCUGCAAUGUAGAAAAUAGUCAAAAUAAAGAAAAAUCCUGUAA